GAUUCAUAUCAACACCUGAUAAAUGGAAAAUCGAAACAACGUGACCGAAUUCAUUCUUCUGGGUGUCACAAAGAACCUGGAGCUGCGGAGAAUAUUUUCUGCUGUGUUUCUCAUCAUGUAUGCAGCCACAGUGUUGGGGAAUCUACUCAUUGUGGUAACUGUGAUCACAAGUCAGAGUCUGAGGUCACCUAUGUAUUUUUUUCUUACCUUCUUGUCCCUUUCGGAUGUCAUGUUCUCAUCUGUCAUUGCCCCCAAGGUGAUUGUAGACUCCCUCUCCAAGAGCACUGCCAUCUCUCUCAAAGGCUGCCUGACCCAGCUCUUUGUGGAGCAUUUCUUUGGUGGUAUGGGGAUCAUCCUCCUCACUGUGAUGGCCUAUGACCGCUACGUGGCCAUCUGUAGACCCCUGCACUACACGACCAUCAUGAGUCCACGGGUGUGCUGUCUGAUGGUAGGAGGGGCUUGGGUGGGGGGAUUUACGCACGCAGUGAUACAACUUCUCUUCAUGUAUCAAAUACCCUUUUGUGGUCCUAAUAUCCUAGAUCACUUUAUAUGUGAUUUGUUUCAGUUGUUGACCCUUGCCUGCAUGGACACCCACAACCUGGGGCUCUUAGUCACCCUCAACAGUGGGAUGAUGUGUGUGGCCAUCUUCCUUAUCUUAAUCGCAUCCUACACGGUCAUCCUAUGCUCCCUGAAGGCUUACAGCUCUGAGGGGCGGCAUAAAGCCCUCUCUACUUGCAGCUCCCACCUCACAGUGGUUGUGUUGUUCUUUGUCCCCUGUAUUUUCUUGUACAUGAGGCCUGUGGUCACUUACCCCAUAGACAAGGCAAUGACUGUGUCAGAGUCGAUCAUCACACCCAUGUUAAAUCCCUUGAUCUACACGCUGAGGAAUGCAGAGGUGAAAAAUGCCAUGAAGAAACUCUGGAUGAAAUGGGAGGCUUUGGCUGGGAAAUGACUGCAAGGCUGAGAACGUCAUGUGUUUCCCAAAAGGAGAAGUCAUUCUUUCAGGAAUGUGUAGGAGCUGAAACUGUCCAUUCUUCACUGGCUGUCAAAGGAAGCUCUUUUUUGAGAUGGAGGCUCUCUGCGUCACCCAGGCUGGCGUGCAAUGAACUAAUUUACACUCCCACCACGAUCUCUGCUCUGCAGUCUCCACCUCCUGGGUAAUUCUCCUGCCUCAGCCUCCCCAGUAGCUGGGACUACAGGCACAUGCCAUGACACCUGGCUAAUUUUGUAUUUUCAGUUGGAUGGAGUUCCACCCUGUUGCCCAGGCUGGUCUCAAAUUUCUGAGCUCAAGUGAUUCCCCUGCCUCUGCCUCCCAAACUGCUGGGAUUACAGGCAUGAGCCACCGCGCUAGCAGAGAGGAAGCUUUUAAAAUUGUAAAAUCAGGUUUAUGAUUCAGAUUCUGU